AUGAUGCAACCGCCCAGCAGCAUUCCGCCAAUGAAUCUACCCCAGCAGUUUGGUUUCCCGGCUUAUCCAGCAGCAGCAACAACAACAAGCGAUGGAUCAUCUCAGCAAUUGUAUAAUAGCGGAGGUGCACCUUUUGAGAUGAUGAAUCAGAAUUACCAACAAGGAUCUUAUCCUCCUCCUACUCCGUCAUGGAAUCCCGGAAUGGCACCACCGGUUAACAAGGGUCAAAGUUUUGAGAGAGAACCGUAA